UGUGUGUGUGUGUGUGUGUGUGUGUGUGUGUGUGUGUGUGUGUGUUGUAUAUUUAUAGGUUUCUGAAGCGUGUGCUGAGUAUUAAGGCUGCGUCCGGACACUGCUGAGAGAAAAACCCAACUGAGGACACACACUGAGCUGCAGACAGCAACAGGAUGGGUUUCAGGUUGAGCUUGCUGCUUCUUGCUCUAACCACGGCCCUCGUGCUCGGCCAAAAGAAACGCCCUGUUACUAAGGAAUGGAACUACCGUGAUGGAUCUGAGAAAGUGAGCAUGAGGAAUGUGGCGAAUCUGACUCAAGUUCUGGAUGACUGGAGGUUCGAUAUCUUGAACCAGGUGAAGAGCAACCACCAGACCUUGCUGCCUGAUUACUCCAGGAUCCAUUCUCUGUCUGAGGCUGUGGACGACUUGUUCAAGGAGUUCAACGCCUUGAAAGCCCACCUCGGCGAGCUGACGGAGAAGUUCACGCCUGUCGAGACCUUCAUCGACGAACUGAAGAUGGAGAAGGCCAACGCUCCCGCAGCCACCGUUCCCGUCACUCCAGGGCGAAGGAGACUGGUCAAAGCUCGAGCUCCAGCUUCGUGAAGCCGCUGAACGUCCAGGACUUUCUGUUAGAGCUGCAUCUUGUUACUGCAUGUUGCUGGGAAACAGGUAAUACACAAAAUGCUGAACCAUCCAAAUCGCCCCCGUUUUGUGGCUUCUGGCUGCAUGGCAGAGCAACAAAAAUAUAUGGUAUAAACAGCUCAAUAUAUCAAUCUAUACUUGUAGAAUCAUCGAUUUGGAUUUAUUAAUGACAUUAUUUAUGUACACAUUCUAUAGAAUUCUGUGUUAAAUCAGUGGAGGAGUUUUAUUUAGAUUUGAUGUCAAAACUUAUUGUAAUGAGGACAUGUAUUACUUGGAGCACGUUUUAGAAGAUUAUUGUGCAUUUAGAGGAUUUCUCUCUGAGCAUGGUGACGUGGUGCUUUAUUUCUUCUGGCUCAUGAUCUAAGCUACGAAUAAAAUACGAUGUUUGCAUGGA